UUGACAUGUUAUGUAUUGUUCAUUCUGUAAUUUAUAACAUAGUGUUGUAUGGGCUUGUGUAUUAUUAUGAUGUUAAAUUAAAUAAUGUUCUCCAGUUACGGUCGUCCAUUUAUGCUAGCCUGGCUAAGUGUACAGCAUUGCAAAGUAUUCCAAGCCGAGAGAACAACGAAAGCCUUUCCCGCUGCGUGAACAGACUGCCUAGCUGAGGAGGCAUCAGGACGGAUACCACAUCCUACCACACCUCUUCUUGUCCAAGCAGCACCCUUGACUGUUGAAUACUAUUCGGGAACUAUUUGAAGGCGGUCAACCUGAAUAUAGUCUUUCCCUUUAAACGGAAUGGUUUUUGAAAAUACCUAACCUGGAGGGUUUGCUGUACAAGUGUUGUUUAAAGCCUGCCGGUGGCGAUUGCCAACUUUUGAGAAGGUCGCAUUAAGUCUUUCUGGAGGGAACCAACUUAAAACUAGAAUGGAUCAAGCCAGUGGUGGGGAGGACCCAAAUAAACCCUCCAAAAAGAAAUCCAACGAGGACGAGGGUAAAAACAAAAAGCUGAACAUACACAUAAAAACAUUGGCUGAUGAUAUGCGUGAUCGUAUUACCAGUUUCAGAAAAACAGGGAUGAAGAAGGAGAAGCUUCUUAUACAGCACCCAACAGAUCCCCUAUCUAUCCAGGCCGAACUGCCUGUACCUCAGCCACUUUUUGACGAUCGCUCCAUGAACCUCUCGGAAAAGGAGAUCAUUGACCUCUUCGAGAAGAUGAUGGAGGACAUGAACCUGAAUGAGGAACGCAAAGCCCCUCUGCGUGGAAAGGACUUGAGCACCAAACGAGAGAUGGUGGUCCAGUACAUCUCAGCUACUGCCAAAUCUAUAACUGGGAGCAAAGUUGCGGGUGGACUAAGGAACAGCAAGCAUGAAUCUACACUUUCAUCCCAAGAGUAUGUUCACGAGCUGCGUUCUGGCAUCACAGAAGAAAAGCUGCUCAAUUGCCUGGAGUCCCUCAGAGUGUCCCUCACUAGUAACCCUGUCAGUUGGGUUAACAACUUUGGUUAUGAGGGUCUUGGCCUUCUUCUCGAUGCUUUGGAGAAGCUGCUGGACAAGAAACAGCAAGAGAAUAUUGAUAAACGGAACCAGCAUAAACUUAUCCAAUGUUUGAAGGCUUUUAUGAACAAUAAGUACGGACUGCAAAGUAUCUUGGGAGAUGAGCGGAGUCUGUUGCUGUUGGCACGAGCAAUUGACCCCAAACAGACCAACAUGAUGACCGAGAUUGUCAAAAUUCUCUCUGCUGUCUGUAUUAUUGGAGAGGAAAACAUCCUGGAUAAAAUUCUAGCUGCCAUGACAAUUGCUGCAGAGAGGAACAAUAAAGAGAGAUUUGCUCCAAUUGUGGAAGGUCUGGAGAACCACGAAGCCCAGCAGCUCCAGGUUGCUUGCAUGCAGCUGAUCAAUGCCCUGGUCACCUCCCCCGAUGACCUGGACUUCCGGAUACAUCUCCGCAAUGAGUUCUUAAGAUGUGGCCUCAAAAAGAUUCUACCUGAGCUAAAAGAGACAGAGGAACUAGACAUCCAGCUUAAAGUGUUCAACGAGAACAAGGAGGAGGACUCUAUUGAACUCUCCCAUCGCCUUGAUGACAUCCGCGCCGAGAUGGAUGAUAUGAAUGAAGUGUACCAUCUCCUGUCCAACAUGGUGAAAGACACUGGCUCAGAGACCUACUUCCUGUCAGUCCUUCAGCACCUUCUGCUCAUCAGAAAUGACUAUUACAUCAGGCCUCAGUAUUACAAGGUGAUAGAAGAAUGCGUGUCUCAGGUGGUCCUGCAUCGCAGUGGAAUGGACCCUGACUUUGGCUACAGUAAAAGAUUGGACGUGGACUUCACUCAUCUGAUUGAUCAGUGUGUGGAUAAAGCCAAAGUUGAAGAGAGUGAGCAGAAGGCUGCGGAGUACUCCAAAAAGUUUGAUGAGGAGUUCAGUGCACGGCAGGAGGCCCAGGCUGAGUCUCAAAAGAAGGAAGAGAGAAUCAAAGAGUUGGAGGGGAAGAUCAAGGCGCUGGAGUCCCAGUUAACUAUUGAAAAAGACAAGCUCAAAGAAGCUCAGAGACUCAUCAGGAAAUCUGAUGCCAAGAUUGCAACAGGUCCAACUGCGCCCGGAGCACCACCUCCACCACCCCUACCAGGGGGUGCAGCAGCUCCACCUCCUCCUCCCCCACCUCCUCCCCCACCUCCACCUGGUGGCUGUCCUCCCCCACCUCCUCUCCCCGGUCACGCUUGCAUGACACUUCCACCUCCACCUCCACCACCUCCCCCAGGUGGAGGACCUCCACCUCCACCACCACCUCCCGGAUGUGGGGGUCCGCCUCCUCCGCCUUUCUUCGGGGGCCCACCUGCCUUGCCUGUCGUCAAGCUGCCUUAUGGACUGGAGCCCAAGAAGACCUACAAGCCUGAAACUGUGAUGAAGAGGGUCAACUGGACAAAGAUAGUGCCUCAGGAAAUGGCAGAGAAUUGCUUCUGGAUCAAAGUCAAAGAAGAGAAGUUUGAGAAUCCUGACCUAUUUGCUCAGCUCUCCCUCUGCUUCUCGUCACAGAGCAAAGUGAAAAAAGAUGUGAAAGAUGAGACUGAUGACAGAAUGCAACACUUCAAGAAAAAGGCGAAAGAGCUUCGCAUCCUGGAUGCAAAAACAGCCCAGAAUCUUUCAAUUUUCUUGGGCUCGUUCCGCCUGCCGUAUGAAGAGAUCCGGGACAUUGUGCUGGAGGUAGACGAGGAAAGACUGAGCGAAUCACUCAUCCAGAACCUGAUAAAGAACCUGCCAGAGCAGAAAGAGCUGAAUUCGCUAGCGGAACUAAAGGGUGAAUAUGAAGAGCUAGUGGAGUCAGAGCAGUUUGGCAUUGUGAUGAGUUCAGUAAAACUCCUACGACCACGUCUGAACGGCAUUCUGUUCAAGCUGACGUUUGAGGAGCAGGUGAAUAACAUCCGGCCAGACAUCAUGAAUGUGACGUUUGCCUGCGAGGAGGUGAAGAAGAGUGAAAGUUUAUGCAAACUUCUGGAGUUGGUGUUGCUGGUUGGUAAUUACAUGAAUGCCGGUUCAAGGAAUGCCCAGACAUUUGGUUUCAACAUCAGCUUCCUCUGCAAGCUCCGAGACACUAAAUCCACCAGUCAGAAUACAACACUUCUCAAUUUCCUUGCUGAAAAGUGUGAAGAGUCUCACCAAGAGAUUUUGAGGUUUCCAGAUGAACUGGAACACGUUGAGAGCGCCAGCAAAGUGUCUGCAGAGAUCUUAAAAACCAGUUUGACCACCAUGGAACGUCACAUUCAGAGGCUUGAGAACGACAUCGAGAACUUUCCCAAAACGGAUGACCAACAAGAUAAGUUUGUGGAAAAGAUGUUGGGCUUCUCCAAGCAUGCACGGGAGCAGUAUGAAAAACUGUCAACGAUGCACAAGAACAUGCAAAAGCUUUAUGAGAGCUUAGGCAGCUAUUUUGCCUUUGACCCCCACUCGGUCAGUGUGGAGGAUUUCUUUGGAGAAUUGGCCAACUUCCGCAUACUCUUCAUGGAAGCAGUGAAGGAGAACCACAAGAAGAAGGAGAUGGAGGAGAAGAUCAAGAGAGCCAAGCUGGCGAAGGAGAAAGCAGAGCGGGAGAAGCAGGAGCGCCAGCAGCAGAAGAAGCAGCUGAUUGACAUGAACAAAGAGGGAGAUGAAACCGGUGUGAUGGAUAGCCUAAUGGAAGCUCUACAGUCCGGAGCAGCCUUCCGUGAUCGACGAAAACGAACACCGCGCAAUGGUGAUCAAAGCCCUUCCAGUCCAUCGUCUCGGUGGCCGGGUGCUAACUAUGGCAACAGAACCCUAGAUGUUGCCGCUGGGAGAAGCAGACAACCGCCGCGCAGUCCUGGAAAGGUCUCGUUCACGCCACAACACAAACCACCAAGCUCGAUGAUCACCCGCGCCUACCACAAGACGCUAGAUAAGUGCCAAAGAGGCCUGCGAGGUGGAAACCUGGAAGACAUCUGAAGGAGGGACAGACCACCAAUCACUGUAGCGCGCGUGCGCACACACACACACACACACACACACGCACGCACACACACAUCAACAAGUAUGGAACAAAAACGCAUAAAGAAUCAACACAGAACUGGAGCAUCUACAGUACAUCACACAGAGACAUUUCAUUUUCAUGCUGUUCAUCUGACGCCUUACAUAUUUAUUCAACACUUUCCCAUCCCUCUAAAUGUCCUCUUUAGAUGGUUUUGAUUUAUGAAA